AUGCAACACGAUUUUUGGUCUGACUCUCUUUCUCUGUCCAUGUCAAAUCAUUUCCUUUUUUUUCCUUUUCAUUUCUCUCUCCUGGUCGUUUUUUUUCUCUCUCUCUCUCUCUCUCCUGGUCGUUUUUUUUCUCUCUCUCUCUCUCUGGUCAUUUUUUUCUCUCUCUCUCCUGGUUGUUUUUUUUUCUUCUCUCUCUCUCUCUCUCUGAUUGUUUUUUCCUCUCUUUUUUUUUCCUCACUCUCUCUCUUGUCUUUCUCUCCCUUUGAUUUUUUUUUCCUCUCUCUCUCUCUGGUUGUUUUUUUUUUCUCUCUCUCUCUCUCUCCUGAUUUCAUUUCUCUCCCUCUCAGUCUUUUUUUCUAUCUCUCUCUCUCUCUUGCUCUGUCUUUCGGUCAUUUCUUGCUCUCUGUUUCAGUCAUUUCUCACUCUCUCUUUUUCUCUCUCUGUCUUUUUCUCUCUCUCUUUCUUUCAGUCCUUUUUUGUUUUUCUCUCUCUCUCAGUCUUCUCUUUCUCUGUCCAAGUCAGUUUUUCUUUUCUGUUUCUUUCAUCCGGAUUUUAUUUUUUUUCUGUUUCUUCCUCCUAAUCAUUCCUUUUCUCUUUCUUUUUAUUUCAUUAUCGUCUUUUCUUCCUCUCUGUCUACAUUUCAAUCUGUUAAUUGUCUUUAAUCCUUCUUGGCCACUGCUUCUCUCCUCUCUUAUCUCCUCUGACCAUUGCUUCUCUCUCCUCUUUUCUCCCCUGACCAUUGCUUCUCUCUCCUCUUUUCUCCCCUGA